AUGGCAGGAUUAUGCGUGGUUGAUGUACGCGUCGAUCACUAUCGACCACCGUACACACUCGGUAUUCACGUAGAACGUCCCCGGAUCUCCUGGCGCUUCAGCCAUGCGCCCCCAGAUUUCAACCUGGGCGGUUGGGAGGUCAAGAUCCAGAAACCUGAUGGGUCUCAGUCAGUUAUCAGUAACAGCCAGUCCGGCAGCCACGAGAAUGUCUCUCUCUCAGUUGACUGGCCUGAAAACAUCGUGAUACAAUCUCGCCAAAUCUAUUCGAUAGAGGUGAGAGCGGGAGGCGUGAACGAAACCGAGUUCUCGCCAUGGAGCGAACCACUCGUCUUCGAGACCGGCCUGUUGUCGCGCAGCGACUGGACCAGCAACCUGAUCUCGGCGCCGUGGGCGGAAGAUAGCAAGAGCACGCCGCAACCUGAGGACUUGUUCCGAAAGGUCUUUGAAGCGAAGAGCAGCGUCCGCUCUGCACGGCUUUACGCUACGGCACAAGGUGUCUACGAAGCAGAAAUCAACGGCCAGAGAGUGGGCGAUCAUUUCCUGGCCCCUGGCUGGACUGCGUACGACGGGAGACUGCAAUACCAGACCUACGACGUCACAUCACAAAUCACCUCAGGUGCAUCGAACUGCAUCGGUAUCCGCGUAGCUGAAGGCUGGUUCAACGGUCGCAUUGGAUUUGAAGGUGGCAAACGAAGCAUCUGGGGCACCCGCACUGCGGCUCUUGCUCAACUCGAAAUCACCUACGAGGAUGGUUUAAUCGAGACAGUCAUCACCGACGAUAGCUGGACGACUACCCGGGGGCCCAUAAAGCUUGCCGAGAUUUACGACGGCGAAAAGUACGAUGCUACCACGGAGAUAGCGGGAUGGUCCAAUAGAGAGUCGACAUCUGAGACUUGGCACGCAGUUCAAGUACUCCCUGCGCUCCCCGACACGACUGAUCUCAUCUGUGGCUUCGGGGAACCAGUCAAAAGACUCGAAUACGUGAAGCCUGUAGAGUUGAUCACAACCCCGUCAGGCAAGACAGUUCUGGACUUUGGCCAGAACCUCGUCGGAUUCAUCCGCAUCAAAAACGUCAAAGGUGAACGAGGCAGUCAGAUCACUCUACUCCACGCAGAAGUCCUGGAAAAGGAAGAGCUCGGGACUAGACCCCUGCGAGAUUGCAAAGCCGAGGACAUUUACACCCUCAAAGGCGACGAGAGCGGAGAAACCUGGGAACCGCGCUUCAGUUUCCACGGCUUCCGUUACGUCCAGGCCGAGGGCUGGCCAUUGACCGCGCCCAAUAUCAAAGACGCGAUCGAGGCUUGCGUUUGCCACACCGACAUGGAGGAGGUCGGAACCUUUUCUUGUUCCGACGGGGCCUUGAACAAGCUCUACAGCAACGUGAGGUGGUCGAUGCGCGGCAACUUUUUAUCAGUGCCGACAGAUUGCCCUCAGAGAGACGAACGCCUCGGGUGGACCGGGGAUCUGGCAUUGUUUGCACCCACUGCCACCUUCAUCUACAACUGCUUCGGGAUUCUGAAGAAUUGGCUGGCCGACGUGGCUCAUGACCAAAAGGUUCUGGACGGCGUCCCGCCAAUGGUAUCUCCGAACGUGCUCAUCGGGCACCAGAAUUGGAGCAAGAUCAGUGCAAACGCAAUCUGGCACGAUGUUGUGAUACUUGCGCCUUGGGCACUUUACGAGGAGUACGCUGAUGUUGGUAUUCUGCGAGAUCAAUACCAGUCCAUGAAGACUUGGAUCGAAGUAAUUCCUCGGAACAAGACUGGGUCCGUUCAUCUUUGGGAUUUCAACCUUUUCCAGCUUGGAGACUGGCUGGAUCCAAACGCUCCUCCCGAUGAGCCCAUGAAGGCAGUGACUGACCCGCCUCUGGUCGCCAAUGCCUUUCUUGUCAGAUCGCUUGACCUAAUCACCAAAGUCGCCGCGCUAUUGUCUCGAACUGAAGACGUAGAUCGCUUCCAGAAAGAAGCCAAUAUUGCCCGCCGAGAAUUCCAGGACGAGUACGUCAGCAGCAAUGGGCGUCUCACGUCAGACUCGCAGACCGCCUACGCCCUGGCAAUUUGCUUCAACCUGCUUUCGGAGAAGCAGGCUGUCAGAGCAGGAAGUCGACUCGCAGAGAUCGUCCGGCGUAAUGGUUUCAGGAUUGGCACCGGGUUCGCUGGAACACCAUACAUCUGCGAAGCGCUCACCCUAACUGGCCAUAGCGACGUGGCCUACGCGAUGCUCCUCAAUCGCAAGUGUCCUUCGUGGCUAUACCCAGUCACUAUGGGCGCAACCACAGUCUGGGAACGCUGGGACAGCAUGUUGCCCGACGGAACUAUCAACCCUGGCGACAUGACCUCUUUCAACCACUACGCGUUUGGCGCAGUUGCCAAGUUCCUCGUUGAACGUCUUGCGGGCUUGCACCGCCUGGAGCCCGGCUGGAAGCGAUCGAGGGCAGAGCCGGUCUUGGGCGCUGAGUUUACGCAUGCCUCUGCUGAGCACGUCACGCCAUACGGCAAGGUUGGUUGUGCAUGGAAGCUUGCUGACGAGGGAGAGGGCCGCUCGCGACUCAAGGUCGAUGUGGUUGUGCCACCCUUCACCGAAAUGGAGGUAGUUUUGCCAAUCAGAGAUGGGAAGAGGGUGGAGAUAGUUGGGUCGGGCGAGUGGUCAUUUGAAACGGAAUAUGAGCGUAAGUACGAAUGGCCGGUCAAAGAGCUGUCUCUCUUUCCGUAG